AUGGCGCUGUUGAAGACUGUCAUUGCCAUCUUCCUUAUUGUCGCGGCAUUCAACGCCACAUCAUUCUUUACGCACUUUAAAAAUUUUCUCUCUCCAAUUCUCAAAAUGCUUCGAACGUGGAUUCCUUCGGUUGUCAAUCUAUUAGAAGAAACUGUGGCCACAAUUUACAAGUAUUGCGCUGAGAGCUUGCUUGAGGACAUCAAGAGAGCCAUCGUUGUUUUAACCGAACUGGUUGGAAGGGUGGCUGAGUUAUUCCAUCCGGCUGUUAGAAGUUUGCUCGAAGUUGUAACUGAUUGCUUGGUUGCCCUUCACAACAAUGGAAUGGGUUAUACUGACGAAUUCCUACAGCAAGUUCUUGGUAUUGACGGUAAUUAAUUUCCUAACUUAAUGAUGAUAUAAUAUAAUUUCUCUAUGCUUAAACAGGCUUACAGAUGCUAUAUUGUAAAUGAAACCCUGAUCACACAUGCAACAUUAUAACAUAUCAUAAAAAAAGGGAAGGACUUUUUUUUUUCACUAUAAGUUGUUACUUUUAUCAACAUAUUCACACCACUACCAUAACAAAAGUAUGACAGUCUCAAGUCAUUCAGUAUUCAGCAAACAGGUCAUGAGAAUAUUCAAACUUAUCAGGUCCAAAGUUGCUAUCUCGAAUCAGACACCAAAUUCUUGUAACCUAUUUGCAAUUAUGUGUAGUAGCUAUGGGGAAAAUUAGCAAUCAGUUCAUGGGGAGUUCAAUGGCUAAAGAACCUCAAAAAAAGGGGAUACAAUGCUGCAGCACAGUGAGGGAGGUAAAAAUUUAUUUUAUUGAAAAAGUUUUAAUCAUCUUCCUUCAUGGGUAAGAUGAACCUUCUAAAAUUUGUUUCACUCCCAGUGGUGGCUUCAUAGCUCAGAUGAUAUGAGCACCCAACCAGUAUUGGGAAGGCACAGGUUAGAAUCCCACUGAAGCCUGAAUUUUUCUUGGCUUCUCUCCUGUAAUUGCUAAAAUUGUAGUCCACAUACAAGAACAAUUUUGUUGCUUGUUUUUCAUUUGCAGGCUGAAUGAAAUUUAUUAAUUUAUUCCAUUAAAAAGGUUAUAGUGAACUACUGGUAUAUAUAACAUAAGGGUCAUGUUUCAUCUUGCAUGUAAGAAAAUAAUUAUCAUCAGCAUCUCUACUCAAAAACACUUGACUAUGAUACAUAACUAAUUAUUUGAUCAUGAGUGCUAAUUUUUUUUUAAACUUAUUAUAGGUGCUACUUUACCGGAUCAAGUUGGAAGAGCAAGAAACAAACUCUUAUCAGUGAUUUUGUUGCUCUUUUGGAUCAUCAUGGGUAUCAUUUGCAUUUCCAGAAUGUCCUAUAACAAAUUUUUCCUUUUGAUGUCUGGUACAUUCCUUGUCCAUGCUUUUUUUGGGCCCGUGUGGUGUAUACGACGGUUAGCAUUUUGCAUUGGAAUUUGCUUAUGGAUGGGUUCUUUAGUCUCCAGUAAGCCAAUACCAGCGGCGAUCACUGUUUUGCUUGCUUUCACAUUGACAGGCUUCAGAAAAUGGCAGAAGAAAGUUGCUAUGACGUCGAACACAAGUCAUCUCUUGAAGUUUAACCAAAGUAUUGAGCAAAGACUUGAUGGAAUAGAAAGAAAACUAGACCUUUUGAUGACGAGGCUAAAUAACAUAAACAACAAUAUGCACUCCAGCUAUUAAAAAAGUUGGGCUAUGAAUUUAUUUUUUGCCAAUGUUGAUUGGGGGAGAAGUUACAAAAGUCAAACCUGCUAACAAUUGCAAUUACAGGAUGGACAUGUCUUCUUUGAAAUAAAGAUUAGAUUAUGAUUACUCAUAAUCAACUAUUAUGUUUAGGAAUCAAGGACUAGUGAUAUAAUUUCCCUUAUGAUAAAUCUACUAGUUGUUCAAACAUGACAACAAGAAAAGCAUGUCAUUGAAUAAGGAUACUAAUGGAUCAUACCUCACGCUGUUCACUUUAGUCACCAUUUGUUGAUAUUGUUUGUUGCAGAAUCAAAUUUCCUUGAUGCUUAACCCUUAAACUCUUAAGAGUGAUAAGCAUCAGAUUCUCAGUAUCACCUCUGAAUCAAACAUUAAGGUAAAAAGAAUAAAGGAAAUUGUAGGAAGCUGAAGAAGCUCUUGAUUGUUAGACAAAUUCUCCUUGUAAAUUCCUCAGGACAUGUAAAAGGAACAGUAUGGAGAACUUGUAUACUGAUGUUGUAAUUUGGAAUAGUUUUAGCCUUGCCAAUGAAACAAGAGUCUAUUCUUUUUCAAGAUCUAUGAGGGGCUGAUACAGCCCACCCUUGUGGAGAAAAGAGGACUGGUCCUAGUGGUUGAGUCAUUGAUGAGAAUAUCAGAGUGAUUAACAGUGGUGGAUCUGGGAGAGGGGUUUGGGGGACCCAGCCCCCCCCCAUAUUUUGGGUAAAAAAAAAAAAAUCACAGAAGGAAGAAAAGCCAGUAGGGCAAGUGAUGAAAAACCCCUUUUAGCUCAAGGUCUGGAUCCACCACUGAUUAAUAUAUGAAAUUUUUGCAUGAGUGCAUGGAUAUGAUAUAAAAACAUAUUUGUUAACAGCUGCCAGAUUCUUGUACAUUUCAGCUGUCAUUUUUUUCCAAUAUGUAGGUGUCUUAAUGUAUAGAAGGAUACAAGUGACUGGAAAGUUUUGAGAUUUAAAAUGGAUUGAUGUAGAUCAAGGCUUUCUUAGAGGUAAAUCAACUUACCCGAAAAAGAAAAAAAAAAAAGGAAAACAAAAUUAAUAAUAAAUUAUUAUUGUAGUGGACCAUUGAAUUUUUUAAUUUUAUUACUGAUGACAGCCUUGCAUACUCCUUCUUCUCCCCUGUUUAAAACAUCUGUCCACCCCAACCCCAUCCCUGUCGUUAUCCCCGCACCACUCCCCACCCGAACGGAAGGACUGUCGGAUCUGCCGCCACGGAAGUGAGUUUAUUUUCACUUUCUGUCGAGUCUGUUAUGCUCUUGCGGCAGUUUCCAAACAUUCGUGUUGGUAUUUUCACUUUUAUAGCCGCUUCCUCAGCCGUUGUUCAAGCCAGUAAGUAUAACGCCCUCAUUAUCACGUCGUAGGCAUACAUAUUUCAAACUGUCGCGUUCGUUCGAAGAUCAUAAAACACCAGCUUUUUUCAAACGUGACGAAACACAUCACUGACCUUUCCAAUAUUGAUCGAGGAUUUUUAAACUGUUAUUACAGUCAUUGAAAAUGUUGAUUACACCCAGGGAAGCAUUUAACGCUACGUUUAGCAUGGUUUUUUACAAAGACUGAGGAACAGGUCGUUUGGUGAACAAAAUAACUGUUUGAGUAGUGUUCCGAUUUGGAAUUCAACCAGGUUUUACAUUCUAAAGAAGCUUAAUUUUAAAAUUAUUCCCCUCUCAAAUUUUAUUAAAACUGUGUCACACUUUCGCUUUGUACAAAAACGGGACUGGAGAAGGAAUUCUCUAAUGUUUUCUCCUGUAACAGGAGUUGGCAAAUAAUCUUUGUUAUUGGUUUGCAUAUAAUUAAGCUUGAUUAGUCGAAGGAAAAUCCGGAAAUAUUUCUUUGAUGAAGAUAUCCAAUGUCAAAUCAGAAAGUAAUUAACAACUAGCAUCAAAAAAGUAAUAUUCCUGUGGUGAUUCUAAUGAAAGCAAAAGUUGACAGAUUUGGUACAAUUUUUGAGAGACUCUAAUUGCUUAGUUUCUCUUAUUUGUGGCAGACUUGUGAUCAAAAGGUUUGGUUUGGCACCCCUGUCAGAUUAUUGAGAUUUGUCUCUUGACAAGACACUUCAACAUGUCUUAUUAUGCCUUUCUCCAGCUUGGAGUAUGAAUGGGCACAACUUGAUUGUUAUGGAAACUUAGUGAAUUAUUUGGGGAAGGGGUAGGUUCUUGUAAUGAAUCAGCACCUUGUGGGGGAGGAGUAGUUAUACUUCUAAUCACCUCAUGUUACUGAGAUGUGGUAAACCAAGGCAGUAACAGGCCUCUGGGAAAUAAAAGAUGUUACCUAUCUCUGCUGUGCCUAUUUGUUGCUCUUUUUUACCGACCAAAUUUUGCGUGAUCUGUGAUUUAUUACUGAACAGAUGCACAACAACAUGGAAUCUAUUUGUUAAACAGAAUUAAGGCUUCAAGUAUAGAUUGAAUGAAGUUUUGAAUGAAUUUUGGUGAAAAGAAAAUUUAAAAUAGUUGUUUGUAUUUUUCAUUUGUUGAGGACAAAUUAUCAUAUUUGUAUAGGAAAGGAAAACAAAGAAAUGAAGUCUGAAAUGAUUUCCCCUAAAUUUCAUUUUAACUUACCAGAUAUAUGAUAUGUACUGGUAAUAAAAUACUAAAUAAUCAUUGAAAAGUGUUUAAAAAUACAUGCUGCUUAGCCUUAACUUUAUAUUUGCUGUUUAUUAUCCUCAGCUCAAACUGGACUGUGUUACUCUAUAAUGCACACCAAGGCAAGAACUCCAGAAUAUCCUAGGUCAAAUGCAAAGAAAUUUCCAGUACCAGCAGAGUUUGUGGACUGGAAUGUUCCAUUCCCAGAAUAUAAACCAGCAGAUUACACUUCUAAGCACAUUCUUCAAAUGCCACCUUAUGCAGAUCCAGAUAUAAGGUAAAAAUAUUUUUUACCUAUUGACUGAGUGGGAGGGCCAGACAGGAAAAUAUGCAUGUUAGCUUUUCUGUGUUUUUUUUUUAUAUAGAUUUGUGCCUUCAGGGCAGAAUGGGGUGUAUUGUAACAAAUUUUACCACACUAGGAAAGAUCUGCAUUAAGUUUCAUUCAUUCCUUCCUAAAGUAAAUCCUUAAGAAAAAUUUUAAAAAAUUCUUAUUUUAGAUAGUAUUUUUCCUCCCCUGUGACCUUAGGAAAGGACCUGCCAAUGUUCCUCUCAAAUUCAAUGCCCUGGAUACAACUUACAACACUGACAGGAAAAGUUACAUAGGAGAAUAUGAAGUUGUACAAGGUGUUCCAAGGUAAUGAAGCAAUGCUGUACUAAGAUAGUGGAGAGAGAUUAAGUGGGACAAUGUUUUGCAUAGCUUGCAAUUCUUUAGCUUAACGGGAUUGCUCUACCAGUUUGAAAAUUUAUUUUAUCCAUCAUGCUUAAUUUAAGGGAAGACACUGCUGUAUGGUGCCUCACGAGGGUUUGGAUCUUUGUCAAGGUCUAUUUCUCACAGUGCCUCUCACCAUCUAAAAGUAUCAGUGGCUAUCAACAGGACGUAGGGGAAACUCAAUAAAACUUUUGGGUAGUGGGAGGAAGGAAGGGGUGAUUUACUAUCCUUGCAGGACUAGCGCAGCACUCUAAGUUUAACUUGUUUUGUUAUAGUUAGAAUUUUGUGGCAUUAAAUCAUAAGAUGGUGUUAGAAAAGGUACAACUUGGAGCAUUGUGGCACACCAUCUAGGAGGGUCUCCUAUACUUAUUAUGUGGAGUGUGAUUGGGUGAUUUUUUUUCCUUGUGAAUCAUAAUUUAUUUUUUUUAUUAUUGAAUUUUAAUUUAAGAUAAUAAGAUCUUUUCAUGUCCAUGUGAACAAUUUUUUACUUGAACAUGACCCAUGAAUUAAGAGCCAAAUUAAAUGUCAGUUGUGAGCCAUUUUGUUUUGAGUGAUGAAUUUGCUGCUAUUUUCAAUGUUGUUUUGAAAAUGUUCAUAUCGUUCUCGAACUGCUGUGGUUAGGUUUUGACCAAGGUUUUGGCAGGAGAUGGACUCCACAUGAAUUGAUAAAAGUCAUAAAACAGACCAGUAAUGGUCCUUGAACAAAUGAGAUAAGACUUUAUGUCAUCUUUUGUCAUUUAAGACUGGUCAAGAUGAGGAAAAGUAAAAUUUUAAUUCAACCUGAUUGUCCUGAAUUUUGCAUGAAGGUGAAAGAGUUUUGGAUAUUAUUUGUGAUAUGUGGAAAGACCAAAUGUUUUUACAUGGCUGAGUUUUACAAAGGGGUAUAGAGGAACCUCAUAUAGGAGGAGUGGCAUUGCUUUCAGUCUCAAUGUACUUCAGAAAGUGCAAUAAGCUCUGGCAGUAACAGGCCUCCCUGCUGGAAAGACCUUGUGACAAAUAACCAAAGGAGGUCUAAAUUAUAUGGUAAUGGAGUUGUAAGAUAGAGAGAGUUUUACAUUGAUUUAUUUGAAUGCUUAUGCUAUUUCUUGCUCAAUCAUAGCUAAUCGCAAUCUGUUUGCCUCAAAGGAACCCUGUUGGUAGAACAGGGAUGAUUGGAAGAGGAGAUCUUGGCAGAUGGGGCCCCAACCAUGCCGCAGAUCCAGUUGUCACCAGGUAUGUGUGGUGAUUUAUCUUUCUCUGAUGCAAGGGUGAUCUGAAUGUUUGAUGGGGCCAUAUAAAAGUUCAAGUCAAUGCUAAAAACAUACCCACCUUCUUUGAUUGCUGAAUAUCCAAAAGACUUUAAAGACAAUGUACCAAAUUAAAUGCUGAAGUUAAAAUCAUACCUAGUUGCUUUCCACUGCUAAAAGAGUCCUUACAAUCCUUUAACACUGUUUUCUCUGAGAAAACAUUUUAGAGCAGAACUUUAAAGUAUGCUAAACUAUUUUACAAUUCUCUUUCUGUUAUGAGACAUUCUUUAUUUUUUUUUUAACUCAAAGGUGGAAAAGAGACAGUUCGGGAGAAAAAGUUAUGAAAGAAGGAAAACCAGUUCUAGAAAUUGUUGCUAUUCAGAGGAGAGAUUGCAAAGAAUGGGCUCUUCCUGGGGUAGGUGUCUAACUUGCAUGUAUACCUAGUACAAGUUUGUUCCAGAUCAGUUAUAGUCUGCUCAGAGACUGUGCCCCAGACCAUGCCCAAAAGUCACUUUGUGAACAGAGGCAUGGGUAAUUGGUCACCAAAGAGAGGUGGCCAUUGUGAGGAGGUAUGGUUACUAGAACUCUGUACUUGCUGUUUAAAAACCUUAUGAAAUCUUUUAUGAAAAAAUUUAGCUAUUGUAGCAUACAAUUUCAAGGACAGUCACACUUUCAUAACAGUUAUAAUUAAAGAUAGAAAAGUUAAUGCAUGGAAAAUCUGUCUUUUAUGUAAGACAGUGGCAAACAGUAAGAGAUGUUGCCCAACAAUUAUCUCCAAUAAUGUGCAAAUGUAUCUUUUCAGGGUAUGGUAGAUCCAGGUGAUACUGUCACAAACACCCUUAAGAAGGAAUUUGGUGAGGAAGCUUUAAACUCCUUGGAAGUCUCACCUGAAGAAAACAAAAGAAUCCAGGAAUCACUUGAGCAUCUAUUUCAUCAUGGAACUAUGGUAAUUGCAGACUAUGAAAGUCACAACACCCAGAAUGAGUCUGAGAGGGCUUUCUCUCCCACCCCUUGCCUGGUCUUGCUUCACUUUGCUCUGUGAUUGGUACAGAAAAACUUGCAUACCCUCCCAUCCAAUUAGGUAUAAGUGACUUGGUCGAGUGUCUUUUCCUGUAUUUUCGUCCCCAGAGCCUCUCGUUUUCACUUGUUUUUGUGACCAAACGUAGUGAGAAGUUUGGGAACGAGAAUGGUGUUUUUUACCUUGACUUCUCACUGGCCCCGUCUGAUAUUUAAAACUGGUGUUUGGGUAGAGUGUGGUUAUCGAGUUAUGGAUGCACGUGGGAAGUUUGGAGAGCGUAGGGGAAGUAUAAGAGGGGAUCGAGGCGCAGCCAAGAGGAACUUAAGCUUCUUGAGUGCUCUGUAAAACUUCCCAGUUGCAUCGAUUAAACAAGAUAUAUGCACAGCUAAAAUUGCAAACCAAUUAUUUAUAUAAUAGCGGAGACAUUGGUUUCGUUUGAGUAAGAGCAGCUCAUCUUAUUCAUCUUGCCUCUUUUAACUAAUUGACCAAGAGAAAUUCGCCUCUUUCAAUUGGUUGAGAAAAAUGUAGACAAACGAGAUCAGAAUAAUCAAGUUUAAGGAGAAAUCUUAGCUUGAUAAAAGUCAAAGACCCCAAGAAGGGAUUUGAUUCCUCUAUGCUGUUGAUGUAAAGAUGCUCGAUGCAGCUCCUAAGGACGAACCCCAGGAAACUUGCACUUUCACCCAAGCGAACAUUACUCUUUUACUUUGACGGGCGUUAGCACCGGUAGAGGAAACCCAUGUAUGCUAAUGACAAUUUCUUUGCUAGUUUCUUUCCUCGACAGUCGGGGAGUGAGGUUCGCUACAGGAACUGACGGCUUAACUGGAUGUGAAUUUUGCAACAAAAUAUAACUGUUCACGUCAUGCUACUUAGUCAAGGUCAUGUGCAUCUAGAGAUGCACAUCACCAUUGCUUUACAGGUUUAAGGAGAUUUAGAUAGGACAAACGUGCGCCAUGCGACAAUUUUACUUGUUCCGAUUGGCCCUCACGAUUCCUUUGGUGUUGCUGUAUUUUGAAGGUAUUUCAAGGCUACAUAGAUGAUCCCAGAAACACAGAUAACGCCUGGAUGGAAAGUCAAGCGGUUAAUUUUCACGACGAUAGUGGAAACGCCUUCAAUAAGUUCACUCUGCAAGCUGGAGAUGACGCCCAAAAUGUCAAAUGGGUCGAGGUGUCUCAUGAACUACGCUUAUAUGCAAACCAUCUCGACUUGGUAAAAGAAGUAGCUAUGAGGCAUAAAGCGUAUUGGUAGCCAGCCAGCGAGAGCAAAUUCACACAGAUUAAAUUUUUAGUUAAAUUCAGUUUGUAAUUCAAACUUGCUUUACAUUUCCGCUGCAUUUACGAUCCGUGGCUCUGAUUAUUUAAACAAGGUUUAGGCGUUGUUUGGCCGAACCGUGUUAAACAAUCCUCAAUUUUGCCAAACCUUUCAUUUACUUUUAUCUGAACACUUAUUUUUGUGAACCGUGUCAAGAGGGCUAAAAGCUAAUAGUGGAAGGGCAGUUAUUUAAUCUAAGCAACUGUCGUAUAGAGAAAACCUGAGGCACACUGAUUGUUAGUCUGUUCCAGGCGUUCAGUUAGUAAAAUGGAGCGAAAGCGAAAGAGCGAGAGAGAGGUUUACGCGACCCGAACCAAACCUCUCUCUUUGUUUUUCUUCAUUCGCUACCAGCGCGCCGUUUACUAUCGCGCUUCGUGUACUUACUGAACGCCUGAAUUGCGUAAAAGCACAGUUUGGGCUAGACCUCAGGUAAAUAACCAGUCCAUUGAGUCAGGUCAGAAACAUACAGGAAAAUAUUAAAUGUUUGCAUGCUUUAUGCUUCAUAUUGAGUGUAAAAGUUUGGUCACUACCUCUGUUGCUAAGUAUUGUGCCAGUCAACGUGAUCUUCCUGACUACCGUUCGUCAACUAUAUAUCUCGUGCACGAUUAGUCUAAAUGUGUCAUGUGGUGCAACCUGAAUGAGAGAGUAUUAAGGUGUUCCAUUGCGUAAAUGGAACACCUUAAAUUGGUCUUUGUAUCAUAUUUGUACCAAAAAAAUAAAUUAAUGCACUGAAAUAGGCAACGAUUACAAUUGUGAGGCCACUGACUAUGUGCAAGUGCGAGACCAAACAGUUUCCCAAAUUCUUUAGAAAGUUUUAAGAUGAAAAUUAUGCACAAAAGUCUUUUUCAAUUAAGUUCUCAAACUUUAAACAGUUCCUGAGUCUAAGUCAGUGGCCUCAAGUAUAAUUUUACAUUGCACAUGUGCACCGAUUUGAACAAAAGUGGUUCAUUUGUUUUAUUAAGUGUCCUGGUUCGAUGUCAUUUUUGCGAGUUUUUUUUCCGUGUGAAGUCCGCACAAUGCAUUUUAUUUCAAAAGUUUUUAAAUAUUUGAUAUAAAUUAUUGAGUGUUCUGAACACUGACUCAGAGGGUGUAUUUCUUUAUAGAAGCCUUAAGCAGGUUGCGAACAUGGUGUUGCGUGGUAUUCAUGUGUUUGUUUCAUAAUGUAAUACUCAAAAAUCGUUUCAGAUAUACAUGACGUAUUAAAGAGGAUAGCAAUUUUUAAAGGCUCUUUUCCAAACAGGGUCUCAG